AAUUUAUUGAAACGGCAAUUUUAUGACACCGGCUUAGCGUUCCAUUGUAACUUCUGACAUCUUUUCGAAUAAUUUCAAGAAAUAAAGUGACAUUUACAAGGAUUUCAGAAAAAUGAACGGUUUAGGAAGGACCGCUACCCGGCUAAUACAAAACUGCGUCAAAAACACAACGUUGACUGGUGCCUUAGUGAAUCGCGCCCAAGCUCCUGUAAAACGUGAUUUCACCAGGGGAAUAUGGCACAUGAGCUGUUCCAAGAGACUGGAUGGGUCUGCCGCCACUUCAACCCUUUUGCACAAUCACUCCAACACAUGCAGCUGCGGUUGUGGUCUGAAAGCGCUCCACACUAAAGAAACUGAAGUUGAACCAUCGACUUCCCAAGUUAAACCUAGGCCCCUCGGUGAAAGAGAGCUUGUUGAGUUCCUGACUGAGGAGAUUGUGGCGGAGCGCAAGGCACAGAAAGUGAAGGUGCUACCGACAGAACUUGAAGGUUUCGUUGUCUGCGGAGAUGGUGCUGAGGUUGUGCUGUCUAAGAAGCUUAAGGAUGAACUGGUCAGAAUCACUUUCAAUGUGAACCACACAGUGGACUCUGAUGACCUGGAAGGCGAGGUGCAGCCAGAGAAGCAGGAGUUUGCAGAGAUGAGGUCAAGGCCUCAGUUCGAGGUAGACCUGGUCCGCGGAGACACCACACUUGGGUUCACCUGCUCAUACCUGCAGGAGCCACCACCAGCCGCUGGCGCUGAUGAGUACAAUGACGUGUUUGGCAUCGACGAGGUGACCAUCUACAAAGGAGAAUGGAAUGACAAAGUGUACGCCGUCGCGGGAGACGUCCUUGACGGAUAUCUUUACGACCUUUUGAUGAACCUGCUAGAAGAGAAAGGCGUCAGCAACGAGUUUGUGAACAAACUAUCUGACUUCAGCACGGCGUAUGAACACAGCGCAUACAUAAAGCUCCUUGAAUCUGUAUCCCAGUUUACCAUCGGAAAGUAAUACUAAUAACACACCACUUUCUGAAAUAAGAACCAUAGGAUCAUAAAUAUGAACAGCUACGAAAUUCAGCCAUAUUGUUUCGAAAUAUCCAAGCAGUUUGGAUGUUAUGUUGUUCCUGUAACUCUGUGUAUGUUGAACAUACAGUAUUCUUUUUGUUAUUACAUAUAAACUUUUGAGUCUAUUUAAUCGAUCAAUUUUACCCUUAACUCUUCUGAGGUGGUAUCCAAAAUGUGUACUACUGUACAGAUUUCAACCGAAUUUUACAUCAUAGAAGAUCUAAUUUAGAGUAAACUUGAAUUCAUUGUAGUUGCUAGCAAUUGUUCAGUCAAGUUGUUGAAAUAUUUUAACAAGCAACUCUCAUAUACUGAGGCUGCAAGGAGUGGAGCAUUUAUGCUGUAGACAGCUUUAAAAUAAUUUAGUUGUGUCAUGGUGAUGUUUUGUUUAAUGUUAGUUAUAUGUUAGUUAUUGUCUCAAUAAAAUUGUUCCAAUUAAU